AUGCCUCCUCUUACAGAGAAAUGAGCAACUUGUGUUUCAAUUCUAUAAUUAAAAUAUGCUCUUGCAAUUUGAGGAGAAGAAGAUUUUCUCCAUCUAUGGGCACUACCCAGUGAUCCGGGCAGCUCUGCGAAGAAAGGGCUGGGUGGAGAAGAAGUUCCACUUCCUGUCCAGGCUCGCCGCGGGUGUCCAGGAUGGGAGCACAGCGGUGAUUGAACACAAAUGUGCUGAAGGCAGAGAAACCCAGGAGGUGGCUUUGGAGAGAGUGUACAACAUCCAUGACAUGAGGUCCAGAUUGGUAAAAAAUGAAAUGCCAUACUUCCUCUGGACUGUCAAAAAGGGUGUCAUCAACUAUCGCAGCCUGAGCUGUGACCAGAUGCUGAACCACUUCGGGAAGACAUCCUCCUUCACCACCAAGAUGGGGCUGUGCGUGAACAUGCGGAGCCUGCCGUGGUACGUCCAGGCCAACCCUGACUCCUUCUUCCCUCGCUGUUACGGCCUCUACACUGAGAGCGAGAAGCAGGCAUUCCUGGGCCCCCGGUCCCCAGCACGGGCAGAGGGGGCGAAGCUUGAUGAAAUUUCAGACGACUUCCGGCGCACGAUGGCCUCCAGCAUCCUCAAGUGGGUGGUCAGCCAGCAGAGCCGCAGCAGGAACAGACCCAAGGGCAGGAGGGCGCAGACCAGUGACAGGGAAGCCGACAGCACGAAAGUUCCUGAGAUUGCUGAAUCGAAGCUCACAGGCCUCUCAGGGCAGCUCGUGGACAUGGCAUGCAAGGUGUGCCAAGCCUACCUGGGACAGCUGGAGCACAAGGACAUCGACAUCUCCGAGGACACUGCCAACGGUCUCACGGAGGACGAGUGGAAGGACCUGACCCAGCAAUACUACGCCCUCAUCCACGGCAACGCUUUCAUCCCCAGUCCAAGGAAUCACUUUUCGCGGUGCCAGGCUCUACUAGACAAAGUCACAUCUGUGAGCCCCCAGACGCAGAUCGACGGGCUCCGCAACAUUUGGAUCAUAAAGCCUGCAGCCAAGUCUCGUGGCCGAGACAUAGUGUGCAUGAACCGCGUGGAGGACAUCCUGGGGUUGGUGGCCGCAGACGACCUCCCCACCAAGGCCAAGUGGGUGGUGCAGAAGUACAUAGAGACGCCACUGCUCAUCUACGACACCAAGUUUGACAUCAGGCAGUGGUUCCUGGUCACUGACUGGAACCCCCUGACCAUCUGGUUCUACAAGGAGAGCUACCUACGGUUCUCGACACAGCGCUUCUCCCUGGACAGCCUGGACAGUGCCAUCCAUCUGUGCAACAACUCCAUCCAGAAGCACCUCAAGAACGACAAGGACCGCAGCCCCCUGCUGCCACGCCACAACAUGUGGACCAGCACCCGGUUCCAGGAGUACCUGCAGAGGCGGGGCCGCGGGGCCCUGUGGGGCAGCGUCAUCUACCCAUCCAUGAAGCGCACCAUUGUCCAGGUCAUGUGCAUGGCCCAGGACCACAUGGAGCCGCGCAGGAACAGCUUCGAGCUGUACGGUGCCGACUUCGUUCUGGGGCGGGACUUCAAGCCCUGGCUGAUCGAGAUUAACUCCAGCCCCACCAUGCAUGCGUCCACGCCGGUCACAGCUAAGCUCUGUGCGCAGGUGCAAGAGGACACCAUCAAGGUGGUGGUGGACCGCAGGACAGACCACAACUGUGACAUCGGCAACUUCGAGCUGCUGUGGAGACAGCCUGCCGUGGAGCUGUCCCCGUUCCACAGGGCUGACCUCUGCGUGGAAGGUGUCGGCAUGAGGAAAGCCAAGAAGCAAAUGCUUCCCACUUCCAAAGUUAAUUUUUCAUCUUCCAUCUCGGACACUCAGCCACCAGAAGUGAGGCGCUCCUUGGCCAUGCCAGACCUGGCGCCAGGACCCCCACAGCCGGCCCUCCAGCAGGACCCGAACCUGAAGGAUGAGGGGUCCCUCCUUGCGCCUGCCUGUGCCCUCAGCGAGCUCGGCUGAGAGGGACUGUGACGUCAGGUCCGUGCACACCGAGUCUGCCGGGAAGAUAAGAGUUCCCCACUUGUAAUUAUCAACAUGUAGACAAUAAGGCCCCCAAAACUGGUCUCAUCAAAGCCGAGCCUGACAAACUCUUGGGUCCAAGCUUGUUAGAUGCCCACUGCCGACGGCGCUCCCACGCAUGAAGACGGGGGGCCGCUGUGCUUCAGCGGCCAGGUCAUCAGGUGUGCAGGGAGCCCUCAUCCCGCGUCUGCCUGG